AUGCUGGCCAUUUCCGCUUCUCUCCCAAGCGAACGGUGCCUCCUUUUCCUGGGCCUAAUUGUCUGGGCAGCCUGGGCCCCCUCGGCCUCAGCCUUCCCCUUGCCCAACUCCAACCCCCUUUACCAGUUCGAUGGGCAGGUCCGCCUUCGCCACCUCUACACUGCGGAUGAGCAAACCCAUCUCUUCCUGGAGAUCUCGCUGGACGGGAAGGUGCGCGGCUCCAGACACCAAAACCCUUUCAGUCUGCUGGAGAUCAAAGCCAUAAAGCAAGGGGUCAUUCGCAUGCAGGGUGUGAAAACCUCUCUGUUCCUCUGCAUGACAUCCAACGGACAUCUCUAUGGUUCGGAGCACUACUCAGAGGAGGCAUGCAACUUCCGUGAGAAGGUCCUUCAGGACGGCUACAACCUCUACUACUCCGAGCACUACGAUAUUCCCGUCAGCCUCAGCUCAACGGGGACGCUGUCACGGAAUCGCCAGCUGCCCCCGUUCUCCCAGUUCCUGCCCUUGGUCAACCGGGUCCCCCUGGACCCUGUUUUUGUAGAUUACAACUUCUAUGAACAAGAACUCGACGUUGAGUCUGCGGACCCCUUGAGCAUGACAGGCCAAGCCCCCGGCUUCAUGAGCCCCAGUUAUAUCUUCUGA